AGAGUCUGUCCUCACCCGGCACUGACUUCCAUAAGGUUGGAUUUAAAGGCAUAAAUAAACGGUGUUACUUCGUGUGUCUCGCAGUCCUACACCACCCAGCCGGUGAAAACAUCUGCCGUGACUGCCAGGGACUUAUUUCCACUUAUUGGACACGGGGAAUCAACAGUUUGGACAAUGUCACCUAUUACAUUCUUGUGGCGGAAAAUUAUCGCUGUCGCAAUGGUAGACAGUCGACAAACUGUGUGCGUUCUCCUAUGUUGCAUCUGCUGUUUUAACACCGUGUUCGCUAGCUACAGCAGAGUGUGUACCGGAGACGAACCGGCAAAAGGAAUGUGCGGCAAAUCUUUAUCAACAUUACUGGACACAGUGUGCAAAAUGUAUGGAGGAUUUCAAGGACCAAGUAAAAGGUCCAUCAGAGACACAAAACCUGUAGCAAUAGGCGUCUUGGAAGAAUUAAGGGAAAGUCUAUUUCAACCUAAAGAACGUGCUUUGUCCUACUUUGGCUUGCGAAAAAGACGCACAGGUAGAACUGGCACUUUAACGUGUGAAUGUUGUUACCACUCUUGCGCCAUGACAGAAUUGACCCAAUACUGUGCAAGUGCCUCUAGGAAAAGGAGUUUAAAUCAACUUACUGAUCUAUACCAUCUAUACUUCGGAGCAAAUAAAGACGAUGGCAGUGCCCUCCAAGACCUUGGCUUUCAGCCUGCGCUUUAAGAACAGCAGUAGCCUAGCAUAAGUAGCUCGUAUAUUUUCUUAUUUUUGGACAGUUUUCUCAUGAUCUUAUUUGUCUUACGGCAUUGUUCAUACAUGCUUCAAUUUGUAAAACACGCAUAGUGCACGGUCUGCCCCCUCUUCGAUUACCAUCAAAAGUGGAGGUUUGUGAUCCAGGUGACUUUCAUACACUAUAAUGCGGACAUAGGUGUCCCGCCACGCACAAUCCCAUUUAAAAAGUGUGUCCAGUGCCAAAACAUGGUUAUUUAAAGAGAAUUCCUACUGACUUUUAAAACUUCCAUUAGAGAGGCAAUGUUUCUAUGAAAGCAUUUGCUUUGACACCUUUGAACAAAGCACGCACCCAGUAUUCCCACAUCAACAAUGCAAUGCUGGGCCCUAAUAGUGUCACAAGGUAUCUGCGGAGAUAGCUUAGACUCCCUUUAUCCCUAUGGUUGCAAUAUGAUCACUGGAAAAUGAAAAUGUCUCACAUUUCCAUCAAUUAACGACAGGGACCAAGACAGUUUGCAUAUCUAUCCUUCCUCAGAUUGAUUGACGUCAGACCAUGUAUUCUGCACAUUAUCCAGGUCCGUAGGCUGCGGAGGGGAUUUUUUUUUUUUUUUUUUUUUUUUUUUUUUGGGGGGGGGGCAAAUAGUGAUAGCUUUUGCCUUUCUUUUCUCCUAGGCCAUCAUAAGUAUUUUUGUUUUCUCUAGUUAACGCCUAGAUAAAAGGCUUAGAUGCAUUAUUGGCUUUCAACAACUGCCGCAAGCAUUUUCUCAGCCUACGGUCCUGAUUUCAUGUUUCAAUUUUGAUACUGUAGAAAAUGAAAAAAUUCCUUCGUGCUGUCAAUAUUUCAUUUAAUUGGAAAAAAAACUAAAUUGUUCUCGAUGUAGGAAAACAGAGCUGCAACAUCAUUAGUUCUUUCACAAUGUCCAUGUUUUGCACUUUGCAAUAAAAUUAACUUGGUUUCUAAAUUAUAUAGGGCGCUGGUAAAAAAAAUAAACAUGUCGUACCACUCCCUAAACUAUGUGGUGGCUGCACUCUAA